GCAGCUGAGGGAAUCAGUCGUCAGCUGAUGCGGCGACACGCGUACACCUACAAGUGGUCGGGUGGACCAGUGUGGCAGAUUGUGACAGAUAAAAGCAGAUAACGUACAAGUACACGAAAAGUUUACUAAGGAGUUCUAACCAGAAAUAAGCGGUUAUAUCGUGAUCUUAAAUGUACCCAGCGUUGCUCAAGAUUCAACACAACGCACUACAACCCAACAACAGGCAGGUGUAGCCCAGCUGCUGACAACUGCCACACCGCUACCACACCACCACAAAGAUGACUGACAACAGAGUGUAUCGCACCCGAACCCUUGGCAUCCCAGCUGAAGGUUUGAAGGACCAGUACGCUGAUGGCACAGCAGCCAAACUCUGGGAAGUUUACAUCGGUGACAAAAACCAGCGGACGCAAGUGUAUCGCAAUUUCAUUGUUCAGCUUCUGCGGAAACAGAAUUGCCACAACAUUCUGGAUGUGGCAUGUGGCACUGGGGUGGACAGCAUAAUGCUAUUGGAAGAAGGAUUUCAGGUAACCAGCGUGGAUCUGUCAGACAAGAUGCUCAAGUAUGCACUGAAGACAAGGUGGCAGCGUAGAAAAGAAACAGCCUUUGACAACUGGGUUAUUGAAGAAGCCAACUGGCUGACACUCCCUGAUGACAUUGAGGGUCAAGGAACAUUUGAUGCAGUUGUUUGCCUUGGAAAUUCUUUUGCUCACUUGCCAGAUCUCUCAGGAGACCAGUCUGAGCACAGACUGGCACUCCAUAACUUUGCUGAGAUGGUCAAGCCUGGUGGAAUCUUAGUCAUUGAUCACCGCAACUAUGACUACAUCGUUGAUACGGGUUCUGCGCCUUCACAAAAUAUCUACUAUAAUAGUAAGCACAUCUUGGAUAUCAAGACAUCAGUUCUCUACGUCAAUGGCAAGGCAUCAUUAGUCACUUUGGACUACCUCAUGGACACAGGAGGAGCCGAGACACGGGAUGACACAGACUCUGACAUUGCAAAGAAGGGACGGAUUGAAGGACAAAAGAAAAGCAACUUCCGCCUGUCUUACUUUCCUCAUCGCGUUGCCCCAUUCAGCAAACUUCUCCAAGAGGCAUUUGGUGAAGGGGCAAAACAGUCAGUUUAUGGAGACUUUAAGGCCAUCGGGGAGAUUGAUGAUCCAGCAUUUUACGUCCAUGUUAUCAUGAAGCCUCUGAAGUAGUCUUGGUGAUGUGAUGUGUGAGAGAGAGAGAGAGAGAGAGAGAGAGAGAGAGAGAGAGAGAGAGAGAGGUGGUGUUGUGGCUUGGCAGAGAAGGUUGCAGGCAAGGUUGUGAUGUCUGUAUGGUAUGGACUGUGGCUUCUUAUCUCCUAACCCAAUCAUGUAAAUUGUCACCACUUCUAACGAAAUUCUCUCUACUAUUUUUCUGUAUUACCAAGUCAAGUUGUGAUUGCUUUGUCUUGUCAGUUCAGUUUCCUAGUCUUUCAUUUGAUUCCAUUGCUUAUAGAAGCAGCAGUGGCAGCCAUUUUGUUUGAGUACUUAAGCAUAACAUGUCUGGAAGGGUUCUCUUCUCAGUUUUUUUUUAUUUGAAAUCUUUAAAAAAAUAUCAAUACAGUUAUCCAGAUUU